GUCUUAAUGAGGGUAAUUUUAUUGUGUGUACUUAUGACGUUGUUUAUGGGAACCAUUUAAAGAGAUUUUCGAAUUCGAAAUACGAUUUUACUUCCGUUACAUUGUUUACUACAAGACAGUGGCCAUUGAAAUAUAAAUUUUGGUUAAAUCUCUACAAUAGCAAUAAAGUAGUUGUGCUGGCAACACUGUUUCAAAUGUUAGACUUUAGGUGUUUCAAUCGUAUCGCAACUGAACGAACGAUAUUAUUGAGCAAGUGGAAUUUACGUUUAUCAACGAGAAUAUCACUUUGAAACUAAAAAAUCCGACUGCUUAAUCAAAUUAAAAACACGAUGAUUAUACCUGUACGUUGUUUUACGUGUGGAAAAGUGAUCGGUAAUAAAUGGGAAGCUUAUCUUGGUUUGUUACAGGCAGAAUACACUGAAGGUGAUGCUCUUGACGCAUUGGGUUUAAAACGAUACUGCUGCCGUAGAAUGCUUCUUGGACACGUAGAUUUAAUUGAGAAGCUUUUGAAUUACGCACCAUUAGAAAAAUAAAAAUUGCUACCCAAUUUCCGGGUCCAAAACCAACGUCCCAAUAAGUGACGGUUUCGACGAACACAGGAAUUAAAAGUCCUAAUAUUGAAAAACAAAAUGCACCAAUUAGUCCAAUAAAGGGUUCGAUAGUUGGUACGGUCACAGCCAAUAAAACUAAAACAUAUAAACAGAUUUCUUAAAUUUCUAGAAUUCUGAAAUUACAUUUAUGAACUUGAAAUAAAUGUUAUAGCGAAAA